AUUCCGACGUCUCCAUAAAUCUCCCGGGAAACCCUAAAGCAUAAACAUCCAAAGGCACACAAUUGAGCAGAACCAAAACGAAAUUCCAUCUCCGAUUCUCCAUGUUGCCCUUUUUCGGUUACGACAAGAUGUAUGUGUUCUUCUUCAUCUUCUUUCUUGCCCUUCUUCCAGCCACAAGAUGUAAUUCUGACCAUUUCAUUAGUAAUGCUACUAAUGAUAAUGACAAAAUUCAUGCAACCACGCACUACUCUUUUUUCCCGAACAAGCCCAAAUGGAACCGACCAUCUCCCAUAAUACUAAAAUAUACUUUCUUACCAGACCACAUGAUUCCGAGCGUGAGUCUGGCGGAUAUGAGGCUUAUUUUCCAACGAUCCUUUGGGCGUUGGGCCGCGGUGAUCCCAGUGACCUUCGUCGAGACAAGCAAUGUGAAUCAUUCCGACAUCAAGAUUGGAUUUUAUUUCGGAAAUCACGGUGACGAAACGGUGUUCGACGGGUUGGGUGGAAUUGUGGCCCACUCUUACGGGCCACCAAUUGGCUUACUCCAUCUCGACGGAGAUGAACUUUGGGUGGUUAACCAGAAACAACCAAAAUUUGGACUCGCAACUGAUCUAGAAUCAGUGGCGGUCCAUGAGAUUGGUCACUUACUAGGGUUGGCACAUUCUACAGUUGAGUCGGCUAUUAUGUACCCAAAUGAGUCACCUUACACUUUUACUCGAAAGGUGGAUCUCACUAAGGAUGACAUUGAUGGGAUACAACAAUUAUAUGGAGCAAACCCUAAUUUCAAACCUGGUCCUAAUUCGGGUAGCUCGAGCUGGAGUACUCUCAUGGAGACGAGGAAGAGUUUUGGUUGGAGCAUGCUUUUGGGUUUGGCGACGGUUCUCUUUUUUUGAUCGGAUUGACUGAGAGAUCACAAUUGAAAUAAGUUUUCUCCAUCCGCUGCUUUAUCUUGUGAUGAUGCUUUAACGACGUGUAGUUUCAGUUUGGUUUCUUCUGUGAUAGUAAUAAAAUAAGCAUCAAGUUGUUUAAACAUUAAUUAUCAUGCUCAUGAUCAGG